AGAAUGGACUACUCCAACAUCCCACCACUUGGUCUCGAGUCUCCAAAACUCUGCUGCAUUCCAGCUCGUCCACUUGUAUGUGUUUUGUCAGUUUUGACAAUCGUCAGUAGAAUUGCUAAUAUGAGUAAAUCCACCGAUGUAUCCCGUGUAUUCGAUAGUUUCUUUCUAUUUCUCAAUCUCCUUUUGUUGUUUGGGGCCGUCUGGAACAAUGAGCCAGCCUUGAUAUGGUCUCAGAGAAUUAUCGCCGUUGUAGUUGUUCUUGUUGUGAUUCAAUUCAUGAUUUGGCCUGUUCUUUUCGCUAGUUUAGCUGCUUCUGGCCGGUUGAAAUUGGAAAACGUUCUUUCAAAAACUGAAUAUGAAAAGGAGGAAAUGUUUCAAAAGGGAUUAUUGGCAGGAUAUGUUGCAGAAUUUGUAUUAGUCUUGGCAGUCGGAGUUGAAAUCCUCAAGUAUGUUCUUAUCAACCGUCUCUGGAAAUACGCCAAGUCAACUGAGAACGUUGUAGGAAAUGUAUACAUUACUGCAUAAACCCAUAGAAGCUUUAAGAAUACACUCGCUUUUAUGUUGAUUUUGUGUUUAUUUUUGAAACAAUAAACU